CAAGGAGAACCCCACACACUUUGCCAAAACAGAGCUGAAGUUUGUAGUGGACAAAGUUCCUCAUUGAAGAGCAUGUGAGAGAAUUUAAAGAAAGCUACUGCUGGAAAUUUGGGAAGAGAGAUAUGGCGUCCAUAACAGACUCAGAUGAUGACAGAGCCUUUAAGGACUUAAACGUUGUCGGGAUGCUUCAUCAGUUCUGGGAGCAAAAACAGGUAAAUCAUGCUAUGGCUGAGACAGAAAACCUGGUGGUUUAUGAAUCCAUUCCUUCACCCGGACCUCCAUUCAUCUGCUAUGUCACCUUACCAGGGGGAAGCUGUUUCGGCAACUUCAAGUAUUGUUACACUAAGGCAGAAGCCAGACGUGAUGCAGCUCGUGUUGCUUUGAUGAACUCAACCUUCAAUGAGCUUCCCAGUCGGUGUAUUACCCCAGAAUUCAUCACCUGCAGCAUAAAGGAGGCAGUCAUCACCACUGGUGCUAGCAUGGAGGACGCAGAUGACCCAAGCACCAGUAUAGGAACUUACUGCUUCAUGCUCAAGUCCAACAUAGGCAAAACCAUGCUGGAAUUUCAGGAACUAAUGACAGUGUUUCAGCUCUUACACUGGAAUGGGACUCUGAGAGCUUUCAGAGAAAAGAAAUGGAGCCGUCAGGAGGUAAUUAGCUACUACUCGGAGCGACGCCUGGAUGAGUGCAUGCGCAGCCACAUGGCUCUGGACUGGCUGCAAAAAGAGAAGCGAAUGCCUGGGCUGCUAUCACGUGAUCUGCAGCUUGCACUUAGAGAGCUGGCACAGGCACGACAGGCUGGCCGAGAGCUGCGCUUCUACAAGGAGAAGAAAGAAAUCCUCAGCCUGGCACUCAGUCAGGCAAGCACUGAGGAGCUACAGGCUUACUGUGAGGAGGAGGAGGGCGAGCUGGAAGCAUCCUGGAGAAGAGAUACUACAAUGGAGCAUCUAAAGCGUUACAGUCAUGAUCUGAACAGGAGGAAGUUUAAGCCAUCAGAACACCACCAGUUUUACUAUAUGGACAGUGGGAGUGACAGAGAGUCAAUAGGAUGAGGUGUGUGUUGGGUUAGAGUAAAAGGGACCUUUCACUGAGUAAGACUGAGAAUAUUCAUUUAUGAAUCUCUAUUUUUGGACCAACAUGGUGAUAAAACCGGUCCUUAAAAAUUGGCCAAUUUUAUUUUGGUAUUUGGUGACUUUAGUCUUCGAGUUAGAUCUUGUACUUUUGUACAUUUUAAAUCUUUUAAAGUGCUGGUAAUAAGCUGGGGAAACAUCAAGUGCAAGCUUCAUUCACAAGCUAAACCCCAUAGACUAUGCAUUCUAUUAUUAAGAGGCAUAUAAUACACAGUAAAGCUAUAUUACCAAUAAAUGGAACAAACCUACCAUUCUGUAGUUAUCUGUAAAGAAAUCUGUAGUUAUCUGUAAAUAAAUAUCUUCAAUGGCUAUGGUGAUCAACCUACAACCCCUAUCCCCUGCCUUUAAAAUAAAUUUAAU